CGCUGCUGCUGCGUCUCCUCACCUCCUCCCCUCCUCACCUCCUCUCCUGGUGCGGAGACAAUAGGACGCAGCGACGGAGGAGGACGAGGCGGCUGCGGGGUGUAAACCGCGGCUCGUCCAGCGCUUCACUGCCCGUAAUAUGCGCUCACAGGCGGGCCGUGUGCUGAGCGGCGGCCCGGGCGGACGGGGAGGACUCCAGAGCCCGCACAGGGACUCCGACUGAACGGUGAUGACACCAGCUGUUUGCCGCUGCAUUUAUCCUUCCUGAGAGUGGUUUGUCCACUGGAACCUGCCCACAACAUGAGUUCCUCUCCGCUGGUCUCACGAGCCAACAUGGACAUCCUGGACGAGCUACAGCUGAUUGCAGCCCAGAACCUGGAGAGGCUAGAAGUCAACAAGUACUAUGAGGUGAUCAGGGAACUUGGCAAAGGCACCUAUGGAAAAGUGGACCUGGUAAUCCACAAGAUCAGAGGUACAAAAAUGGCUCUGAAGUUCCUGAAAAAGAAAACAACCAAGCUGAAGUCGUUUCUGCGGGAGUACAGCAUCUCGCUCUACCUCUCGCCCUGCCCCUUCAUCAUCAAUAUGUUUGGCAUUGCCUUCGAGACAGACGAGUACUACGUAUUUGCACAGGAGUACGCACUGGCAGGGGACCUCUUUGAUAUCAUUCCUCCACAGGUUGGGCUUCCAGAAGCGGUGGCAAAGCGCUGUGUGCACCAGGUAGCCAUCGCUCUGGACUACCUGCACUGUAAGAAGCUGGUCCACCGGGACAUCAAGCCUGAGAACAUCCUCAUUUUUGACAGAGAGUGUCGUAAGGUCAAGCUGUCCGACUUCGGAAUGACCCGCCGAGCUGGUUCACCCGUGAAAAGAGUGAGCGGCACCAUCCCCUACACGGCUCCAGAGCUCUGUGAUGUGUCGCGUCACGAGGGUUUCUGCGUGGACUACAGCACUGACGUCUGGGCCUUCGGCGUGCUGCUUUUCUGCAUGCUGACUGGCAACUUCCCCUGGGAGAAGGCUUUACCUUCAGACUCCUUCUACCAGGAGUUCAUCCGCUGGCAGAGGAGGAGGACCAACACGGUGCCGUCGCAGUGGAGACGCUUCACAGAGCAGGCUCUCCGCAUGUUCCGCCGCCUGCUCUCCGUGGAGCAGGACCGCCGCUGCUCUGUCAAAGAGGUGUUCGGGUAUUUCAGCCACUCCUGGAUGCUAGAUGGGGAGAACAACAACAACAACGGCAACGGAGGAGGACAUGGCAGCGGCGGGGAGAGGAUUGGUGGAGGAGCAGUGGAUGGUACUAUCUCUACUUCUUCUUCUGGGGAGGAGGAUGAGGAGCUGCUGGUGGAAAGGAUGAAGCAGCAGACUCUCUCCCCACUGUCUCCGGCGGCCAUGGAUCGGGGUAGCGGUGGGGCAAAGGGUGGAGUCAUGGAACCAGGCGGAGGCCACCAUUUCGUAUCCGUGUCCACCAACAGCUCGGUGUCGUCGACCAACAGCUAUGACCGAAUGCCGCGAGAAAACAUAUCGCCAGGCGGGCGGAUGCUGGUGGCCACGCCCAUAGAAAUCUGCGUCUGAGCGUGACACGGAGUGUUUCUUUGGUAUCACCACAGUGACGCAGCAACACACUUUUUGAUCUCUUCCAUCCUCACGGACGCAUGCAUGAAGAACAAAACACAACAACAGUAAAUACUCAUAUC